AUGCAGUCGGCGUUAAGCCUGUUCGCACUGUUCGCCUACCGGAAACCGUUGACUGUCCCGCCACUUCAUCCAAGGAAAAAAGCGCCGAACACAGAACUGAAACAGCAAGCGGACAAGCGCAAUCGCCACCGCAUGACAAUCCUCCAUCGCUUCAUUCCGCAGAAUAGAUAUAUCAUGCAAACACCUGUUCGCACUGUUCGUCUACCGGAAACCGUUGACUGUCCCGCCACUUCAUCCAAGGAAAAAAGCGCCGAACACAGAACUGAAACAGCAAGCGGACAAGCGCAAUCGCCACCGCAUGACAAUCCUCCAUCGCUUCAUUCCGCAGAAUAG